GUUAUUACUUUAAUUUCAGGAGAUUAAAAUUUCACGAGAUUAAAAUGGUCAAAACAAAACUGAAUGUCCGAUUAUUUCAAUAAAUAUCCACUUUAAUUUGGUGAUAAGUCCCAAGGAUUCUCAAAGGAUAAAACAAGUACACACCUACGGAUGAUAAUUCACAGUACACAAAGUACAAUUUCCCUAUAUAGUCAAACUUAAUGUUGCCAAAAAAUGCCCAUGACUAUAUACUUCGAGUACUUAUUUUUUUAUUUUUUUAUUUUUUUUUGAAUAAAUGUUUUUUUAUUUUCCAAUACUUUUAUAUAUUCUUUUUUCUCAAAUUCUUAUAUAUGGCUGGUCAUACUGUAUAACCAGUUAUUAUAGGUUAUUUCGUUAGUGUUAUAGGGAUUAUUUAGUCAAAAUUAUAGGGAUUAAUUCGUCAUAUUUUUUUUUUUUUUUUACUCAAUGUGAAAAAUUUUAAAUUUUUUUUAUUUUACAUAUUCUAUAUAUUCUUCCUUUGCUAGAGGAUUAAUUCAUGUAGCUGUGCUUGACCUGUCUACAUUAGUAACAUUACCAUAAAUUACGUUUGCAUUUAAUUUUUAUUUUUAUUAUUUACGUUUCAUUAUAACUUGUGUGUUCCCAAAAACCACCUUAAAAUCAACCAAAAAUUAAUCCCCAUAAAAAAAACAUAGAUUUUGAAACUUUCAUUUUUUUUUUUCCUUUUCUAACGGCUUCUUUUUUACACAGGUUUUAGACUUGUGUUCUCACCUUGAAGAUAGCAAAUUUGAGCUUACCCACAGCAAAACCAUCCUCAUCUACAUUUCUCACACCCCACCCAAAAAACGAUGAUUCUUAUGCGAAAUAGAUUUACAAUAUUUAAACGUUAAAUCAAUUUCUUUCUUUAAAAUAUUCCGUAUAUUAUAAUAAGUUAUUAUAAGUCCGUCUGAUUAUAAAACAAAACGAAAAAGUACAGAGGGACCCACGUAGGAUCACCUUCACUACCAGCUCAUAUCCCCCAUCUACUUCCAUCUUAUUUCCUUCGUAUUUAUAGCAACCACACCCUUCCCAAAAUAAAUAAAAAAAUUACCUGAAAAAAAACCAACAUUUCCCAAUUCAAAAAAUGAGAAAAUAAAUAGACCUAAAGGGUUUUAUUUAAAAAAAAAAAAUUAAAAGAGAGAAAAAAAAUACGAGUAAAAAUAAAAGCACAAAAUAUAAGAGAUGACGAGCAUUUGCAGGAAUAAUAGUGUGAACUCAUUCUUUGGCCUUCCUCCUCCUUCCUUGGAGGAAGACCACUUCUCUCAAGCAUUUCAUCAAACACUUGGUGGUUGUUCUUCUCUUCUUCCACCUUCCCAAACACCGUGUAAUUUCACCCUUGCCGUUGAUAAUCACAAUAAUCCCCUUAAACCCAUCGAAGCUAUCGCCGGGUCUCCGGCGGUUUCCGCCGCCGGAGAUAAGGGUAAUUCCGCUCAUAUAGACCUGAUGUCGUGUACGGAGAGUAUCGGGUUUGAGAGUUCCGAUGAGAUGAUAUCGAGUUUCGACGAUCUGGGUCGGAAUUGUUGUAGGAAUUACGACGGAGAAUCGUCUUCUUCGUCUUCAUCGGAAGGGCAUUUUUCGAGGAGGAGAGAGAGGGGGGUGGGGAAGAGGUGGGAGGAGAGGAAGUUUCCGCCGCCAUUGACGUCGUUGAGUGAAAAUGGGAGGAGAAACUUCGUGUUGAAAUCGGUGAGAAAUGAAGGGAGAUUGGAGAUUAUUGGGGUUAUGAUUGAACACCCGGAAAUUCUUUGCGCAACGCGUGAUAAUGGACGGUUGAGGAUGCAUCUCGUCAAAAGCGCAGGUGUUUCCGAUGAUGAGGAAGAUGACGGAGAUGAUACCGAAGAAGUGGAAAACGAAGAAGAGGAGACGGCUGAAUUGUCGGAUGAUGAAGCGGAGGCGGAGACGGCGGCGGCGGCGGAGGAGGAGAGAGAGUGGAGGAGGGUGCCAGCGACGGCGGCUGCGGGAGGAAUACGGCGGUGUUAUCAACAACGGGUGAUGCAUCAUGUGUGGGGUCCACAACAGCAUAGAUGUGUGACAACCAUUUGAUUGUUGUUGUUGUUGUUGUUGGGUGGUGUUGCAGGAUUUAGAUCAGAAGAAGUAAGGGGAUUUUUGUUUUUGUUUUAAUUUUUUAAUUUUUACCCUAAAAAAAUUAUCGGGUCGGGUGGUGGAGCCUGAAGAGGCAGUUGGUGGGGGUGGAUGACGCGUUUUUGACUGCUUGUUUUGGCGGUUAAUGUUGGAGUGCUUUCAACGGUCGAAUAUUUGCUUGAUUUAUCCAUGACAUUGAUUUUUUUUUUUACUCCGUCUCUAAUAAAGUACGUGAAGCUGUAACUUGUGCUUUGACGGUGACUUUUGGGUGGAGAAAUUGCUAUGUUAGGGCUGCAUUAACAUGGUGUUGUUCCAUAGCAUUAAUAACAAGAAUACAUGACUUUUUUUUUGAUA